AUUAAACCUUGAUAAUAGAAAAUAUAUUUCAAAUAUUAAUUAUUAUAGUUAAUCGGUAAUUCUAAUUACAAUUCGAAUCCGAUUUUUUAAAAUUAUUUUUGUAGUAAUGAGUAAACAGUAGGUAGAAAACAAUUGAAAAUGUUUUUGACUAAUGUGCUACUUAAAAAAGUAAAAUCCAAACACACCAUGGUCAUGAUGGAAAGCAUGGUGAGUGGACAUACUUACAAUGUAUUUAGGGAACGUUUAGCUGAUAAAUUGGAGCUGAUUCACUUUGAUCCAUGGAUUGGUCACAUGUCAGUUUACAAGGAAAAAAAGAAGAUCAGAAGUGCGAAUGUUAAGAGAUUUACCGAACCAAAUUAAAUAUUGUUUUAGUAUGUGAUCAAAAUGAUAGAAUAUUUGUGAUUAUAUUAUAUUUUGUACAUUAAAUUAAAUACAUAGCUAAAUAAGAAAGUGCUAUUUUAUAAUUGUUUUUAAAUUUUAUUUAAGUUUCGAUGUGAGUUCCAUAGAUAAAAACGCCUUCAUGUUUGGAUCUUGUAUUUUAUCUAAUAUUAUUUGAGUUGUUUUAUGACUAUUGCUAUCGGACAAUAUUUCCUUGACCUUUUCAGCAUACUCAAUCCAAACACAGUUAGCACAUCCAGACAUACAACAUGUUGUGGGCUCUUCUGGAAGCUUGGGAAUCUUGGAACAGAAUGUUCUAAGAAUUAACUUAUUUGGUUUAACCACUCUUUUUAACAUCCAAUGCAUUUUUAGAC